AUGUCUGACGCUAUUCUCAAAGAUGCUCCACCACCAAGACUGUGCUUAGUGGUCAAAAAUACUUCCACUGAGGAAUAUGGAUACAAUUUGCAUGCCGAACGCGGCAAGCCUCAGUUCAUUGGUACAGUUGACAUCAGCAGUCCUGCGGAUCGUGCUGGUUUAAGACCAGGCGAUCGCAUUUUCGCAGUUAACGGUCAUAGUAUCAUUGGUGAGAAUCAUAAACGGGUUGUUGAACGUAUCAAAGAGAAUCCUUUACAAUGUGAAUUGCUAGUGAUUAGUGAAGAGGGCGCUGAUUGGUAUAAAGAGCACAAUAUUCCUGUAACGCUUUCAUUACCGAAUAUCAUUCACUCAAGUGCUGAUACUCUUCGUAAACAAAGUGAUUAUUCGAUAUCGCAAUCCAAACAAACAGUUGAUCAAAAACUCAGCAGCGCAUCACCUACACCCGACGCCAAUUGGUACGCUCCUAAGGAACAAUAUUACGAUAAAUCGGCGUCGUUGCAAGCAAAAACUCCGACUGCGACUACUGACUCAAAUAUGACGAACAAACCAAGACCGAGGCUUUGUAGACUGGUGAAAUCAUCACCGAGUGAUGAAUUUGGGUUCAAUCUCCACGCAGAAAAAAGUCGCGGUCACUUUAUUGGCGCAGUUGAUAAAGAUGGUAUCGGUGAAUUGGCUGGUCUUGAAAUGGGACAGCGUAUUGUUGGUGUCAACGGACAUUUAAUAUAUCCAACAACACCACAUAAGGAGGUGGUUGGACUGAUAAAGAUGAAUCCACUUCAAACUGAUCUUUUGGUUGCGUCCGAAGAGGUGGAUCGUUGGUAUUCUGAAAACGCCAGUGAAUUCUCAUUCGAUUUUAUUGAUCGCUAUCAAAGCAAUCGGAGUGUACGUUUUAUUUAUUGUUACCAUUAUUAUUGUUGUCCCUCUCACUAUUAUUCUUAUUCUUUUAUGAUUGUUUGGUACUCAUUAUAUGUUGGUUUGAACAACUGCUAA